AUGGCCAAAACAUUAUUCGUCAACGGCCGCAUCCUGUCCAAGACAGAGACAGGCCUCAAUGGCAACGCCCAUUUCUCAGACUGCAUGCUCAUCCAAGACGACAAGAUCGUCGUAGUCGGGUCUCGUGAUGAUAUCCCCCAGAAUUUGGGUUCAGACAUUCAAGUGCGCGAUCUUGAUCAGCGUGUCGUCCUCCCCAGCUUCAUUGAUGGCCAUAUGCAUCUCCUCCUACUCGGUCAGUCCCUUCGAAAGCUUGAUCUGUCACGAUGUACUUCACUUGAAGACAUCCGAUCAUGUAUCAAAAAGUACGCUGCCGAGAAUCCAGACACACCGACUAUCCUUUGCAAAGGAUGGAGGCAUUACAUGACGCCCGGCGGAGUUACGGCUGCCAUGCUGGAUGAUCUCGAUCCUCGGCCUAUCUUUGUCGAUGCGGGCUCUUUGCACUCUUGCUGGUGUAAUACUGCGGCUCUGAAAGAGCUUGAGGUUCAAGACAUGCCAGAUCCAGCCGGCGGCAAGAUUUAUCGUGACGCAGAUGGAAAGCCAUCUGGCCUUUUAGAUGAAGGCGCCAUGAUGUCCAUCAUUUGGCCAUUUCAAGCAAAGUCAUCUCCCAAGCAUGAACGAAUAGAGGCGAUCCGCGCUGCCGUAAAAGAGUAUAACGCAGCUGGCUACACUGGCGCAGUAGAAAUGGCCAUGGACGAAGAAGCAUGGGACGCUCUAGUCACACUCAAAGAAACAGAACCCAAUCUGUCGCUACGGAUAGCAGCUCACUGGCUCAUCAAACCAACCGCCAACCUUGAACAAAACUCAAAGCAAGUGCAGCGAGCAAUUGAGCUGAGCAAGUUGUACAACUCGUCAACAAGUCCUGAACUUCGACUUGUUGGAAUCAAGGUCAUCACUGAUGGUAUUGUCGACGCAUGCACUGCCUACCUGUCUGAACCGUAUACCACUGCAGGAAGCCCGCCGCCAAUCUGGGAGCCUGACUUCCUGGAGCCCGUGGUCAGAGAGGCUGAUGCUGGUGGCUUGCAAGUCGCCUUACAUGCUAUUGGCGAUGGGGCUGUGAGAAUGGCUAUAAAUGCUAUUGAGAAACACGCUACACCAGGCCGAAGGCAUAGAAUUGAGCACUUGGAGCUUGUUUCCCCAGAAGACUCCAAGAGGCUUGGAAGACUUGGUUUGACAGCAUCCAUACAACCGAUUCAUGCUGACCCAACAGCGUUGACAAUGUGGCCUGAACUCAUUGGAGAAGAGCGAUAUGAAAGAGCCUUUGCGUACCGUGAGUUUGCUGAUGCAGGUGCCUUAAUGGCGAUUGGUACUGAUAGCCCUACGUCACCAUGGUCGCCUAUGCAUAACUUCCAUGUUGCUAUCAACCGCCAGUCCUCUAAAAGCCCAGAGAAUCCCAAGAUAGUACACGAGCACUUUAGGUUAGGGCUUUGCGAGACGUUUGUCGCGGCGACAGAAGGUGCAGCUAGAAGCGUGUUUGCUGAAGAUCGUGUUGGAAGCUUGACGCCUGGGAAACUGGCUGACUUUAUUGUUGUUGAUAUGGAAUGGGAUCCUAAGACGCUGCUGAAAGCUGAGGUGAAGGAGACCUGGUUUGGUGGAUCCCGGGUAUUCUAA